UUUGUUUGCUGUUAAUAAUAACUAAUUGCAAAUUUAUCAUAGAAUUCAAAAGACUGUUUUAAAACUUUAUAGUAAUUAUAAAUUUAACAUGAAUUUAAAAAAAUCGAAAUUUUUUAAACGCAUACAAAUGCUGCGUCGUAUUUCCAAAGAUAAAUUACGCAAAGAAAAAGAACGUAAACGUGUUGAAUGUCAAUUGGAAAGUGCAUUUUGUGAAUGUUCUGGUGCUACAAAUAAUGCAGCUUUGGAAGAUGAGCAUGAAGCUAAUGAAUCUAAACAUUCUAUGAAAAUAUGUUGUGAUAAUAAAGUAGACAAACUGAAAAUUAAAAAUAAAUUAAAAUUACAACAGGAAAAGUUCUCAACACAACAUAAUAGUAAGCUGCUGUCGUCUAAGUCAAGUAAUGAAAAUACAAAUGUAAAUGGUUUGAUUCAUUUUAAUAAUAUUUGCUAUCAAGUUGAGUGCCAAGCUGGUCCAUGUAAUAAAAAUCAAGGUGGUAGUACAGAAUCUAUGCCGUCUGUUAGUGCUACCCGUGGCAGUAUUUGUGUUUGCAACUCGCGCUACAAUCUUAUUGGUAGAAUCGCCAAAAUACUAGGCUUCAAGGUGGUUAAAGAAAACAAAUUGUGGAAUAUUUUGUGGACUGAUUCGAUGCCGGGUGUUGAAAUCUAUAAGAAUAUGAAAAGAUUUCAACAAAUUAAUCAUUUUCCUGGCAUGAUGGAAAUAUGUCGUAAGGAUUUACUCUCAAGAAAUUUAAAUCGUAUGCUUAAAUUAUAUCCCAAAGAUUAUAGGAUUUUUCCCAAAACCUGGAUAUUUCCAGCAGAUUAUGGUGAAGCUUUAAAUUAUGCCAAUAAUCGUAAUAAACAAAAAAUGUAUAUAAUAAAACCAGAUGCUGGGGCUCAAGGUAGAGGUAUAUGGCUGACAAAUGAUUUGAAAAAUGUUUCACCUACAGAACGUAUGAUUUGUCAAACCUAUAUUAGUAAACCUUUACUCAUAGAUGGCUAUAAGUUUGACUUGAGGGUUUAUGCUUUAAUAACAUCUGUUGAUCCUUUAAGGAUAUUCGUUUACAACGAAGGUUUGGCACGUUUAGCUACCCAUAAAUAUGUGGAACCCUCUAUGGAAAAUAGUGAUAAUUUGUAUAUGCAUUUAACAAAUUAUUCGGUUAAUAGAAGAAAUUCCCAAUACGAACUAUGUGAUGACGAUGAUUGUGGCAGUAAGAGAAAUUUUGGUGCCAUUAAUAAUUGGAUGCGUCGUCAUGACUAUGAUGCAAAGGAAUUUUGGAAUAGAAUUGAUGAUAUUGUAAUAAAGACAGUUCUAAGUGCUUGGCCUAUACUGAAACAUAAUUAUCAUGCCUGUUUUCCAACACACGAUAAAAUACAGGCCUGUUUUGAAAUAUUGGGUUUUGAUAUAUUAGUUGAUUCGAAAUUGAAACCUUAUGUAUUGGAAGUUAAUCAUUCGCCGAGUUUUCAUACCAAUGAAGUAGUUGAUCGUCAAGUUAAAAGACCCCUAAUAAGAGACACUCUGUCAUUAAUUGGUACUGUGUUGGCGGAUAAAAGACAAAUAUUACGUGAGGAUAGGAAGCGUAUCAAACAGCGUUUGUUAAAGUUUAAACCGGGAAGUUUAACUCAAAGAUCUCAUGUCAGUAACAAUAUUACCUUAAUCGAUAAUAGUUUAAGUAAGACCUCUCUUGAGCAUUGUCCUGUCAGUGCUAUAGCACAACAAAUCGCUUGGGAAGAAAGUCACUUGGGAAAUUAUCGUCGUAUAAUGCCACCCAAUGAUCCGCAUAAACUAAAUUAUUAUUGUCAAUUUUAUGAUCAACAAAAUCAAGCCUCGAUAUUUGCCGAUACCGCUUCGAGUAAGAAACGUGAAGAAGUUUCCAAAAAACUACGCAAAGAAUUGGAAGAGAAAAAACUAAAACAAACGGAAAUGUUUAGACGUAAAGUUGGUGCAAUGAGAUUUGAAGAUCGUCAGAGAAAAAGAUCUAAUAUGCCACGUGUUGUGGCAGAAAAACAAAGACUAGAAUUGUUGCGUUCACAGGCUCAUUGGACGCCAGGUUUUAUAUCGGCUGCCGAAGAACGUUUACGUUCAACGUAUAUGAAAAUGAGAAGUGAUAUUCUGAAAGAGUUAAAAAUUACCGAAAUGAUUUAUACAACACUUUAUAAUGCUGGUGAUUUAACAAAAUCAGAUAUCGUAAAAUUUCCUCAUUUAUAUCGUAGUCUAGAGGGUGGUACCAAAAUCUAGAUGGACUUUGUGGAAGUUAUAGUUCUAUUUUUAUAAUGUUUAUCUGUAAUGUAUGUAUUCAUAUGGAAUAUUUUGGAAACAUUUAAAGUACUCCUGUUAAUAUGCAUAUUUUAAUAAAUAUCUGAUAUUUAGUAUACAAAAAAAUGAAUUUGAGUGUAAAGUAAAGAACUCUAGUGUA